AGACUUACUAUCAGAGUGGAAGAGUGGUAGGUGAUCAAACACAGUAUUUACCAAUCAAUCAUCUGACCAAUCGGUCGAUCAAUAGRUCGAUCAAGAAUCAACCAGCCAGCAAUCGAACUGGAUCGUCCUAAUAGUACUAUGGAAUAUUACGAAACACUUUUUGUUUGAUUGCGGGUAUCGAUUCAAUGAAACACUUGCUUUGGUUCCCUUUCGUACCAUAUUCAAAAAUGGCCAAUUUUCUUUUGUACUGGGCAAUCCCAACGAAUUGUUMAGAAGCAGCUKACGAACAGCAUMKCUAGUACUUGCUUGCUACUAGGCCUCAUCUUCCAAAAAAACUUUUCGAUGUUGCCGCGAGCARCAUUUGCUACUGGUUCUUCUUCCAAAUCCCCGAUUCGCGAUGGAUCCGCAGCCCCUCCUCCUCGAGGACCGGUCCGCACACCUCGAUCCGCUUCGCCGUGGGCGUCGCCAUCCCGUACAGGUUUCGGAUGGGGACGUCGAAGCCCCCCGGGCCGCUCACCCUCCGCUCCAAUGCCCGCGCCGAGCAGCCGUAGACGAUGCGCCCCACACCGCUCCAAUAGAUCGCACCGGCGCACAUCACACAGGGCUCUGUCGACGAGUACAGGGUCAGCCCGGACCUCGGCUCCCCGGUGUACUCGAGGAAUUCCCUGCUUCGGAGGAGGGUAAUCUCGGCGUGUCCUGUGCAGUCGUGGGAGGUCGAUCCCCCGCGUUUUCCGAUGGCCGGUGUCGGGUUGUGUGCCCUUGUGAUCACGGUUCCUCCGGAGUCGGCAAGGACCGCUCCAAAGGGCAUGCAUCCACCAUCGAUCGCUUUUUGGGCUUCUCGAAAGGAUUCUACCAGGUUUUUCUCGUCGUACUCUCGCAGGCUGCUCUCGACGACGAUGGAGGAGUCUGCUUCUUGAGACGACCCGGURCUGCCAGCAGCUUCACCCGUCAUCCUACUUGAUUCGAUGAUAGACAAACUCGUCGGCAGUGGGCARAAGUGCGGUUUUGAAUUGUUKUAGCACGACGAAGAUUUCAACAGGCCGUACCGUGAAGCAGGCAACAUCGACCAAGUUCCAAAAAGAACAGAUCUCUUCGCCCUUGUCACGAGCGGUACUCGUACGUAGCGGACGUACCAGUACAUCCUAGCUAGUACCRUWCCAUUUGGUACGAGAAUCAGAMGUAAUUGUUCCAUUUCUAACAAAAUCUGGAAUGCGCG